GUUACGCAUACUUUCAAGUGAAGGAAAAUGACCGAGACCGAAGUUGCUGUCGCGGCCCCAGCUGCUGCAUCCCCGGCCAAGGCCAAGAAACCACGGGCUCCCAAGGGCGAGAAGAAACCGAAGAAGCCAUCCACGCAUCCUCCGGUCAACGAUAUGGUCCUGGCGGCCAUCAAGACGUUGAAGGAGCGUAACGGAUCGUCUUUGCAGGCCAUCAAAAAGUACAUCGCCGCCAACUAUAAGUGUGACGUGGCCAAAUUGUCCACUUUCAUCAAGAAGGCUCUGAAGGGUGGCGUCGAGAAAGGGAAGCUCGUCCAGACCAAGGGAACUGGAGCUUCGGGUUCUUUCAAGAUCAAGGUUGCUGCUAAGCCAGCAGCUGGUGAAAAGAAAGUAGCUAAGAAGCCCAAGAAGGCAUCUGCCGCCAAGAAACCGAAAAAGGCCGCUGGCGAGAAGAAACCUGCUGCCAAGAAAGCAACAGCAGCCAAGCCCAAGUCUGCUGCCGCAAAGAAAGCCAAAGCUGCUCCAGUGAAGGCAGCCAAGAAGGCUGGCACGGCCAAAAAACCUGCUGCUGCUGCUUCUCCCAAGCAGAAGGCCACCAAACCAUCGAAAACGGCAGCCAAGAAGCCAAAAGCACCAAAACCCAAAAAGGCUGCCCCAGCUAAGAAAGCAGCUGCCAAAAAAUAAACGGAAGAAGUUCCAGCUCUAUAACGAACUACACUGCUUUGGCAACCAAACAGCGAAAGCAAGAAAUUUUGAACCUCCUGCUGGAAUAUUUGCCUGAUAAUUUUCACCCCAUGGCUGCCCGGAAAAUCAAGUGUCGGAUUUGGAUUCCGGCACGAGUAUUGGCGAGACAGCGAUCUGCCGGAUUGGAAUCAAACGACAGACCUCAACACAUAGAUGUCGUUCACAUAUCCGGAACCAGAACCAGAACUGAUGGUCAUCGAAUGUCAAUAGCUUAGCAGCACCAAAAACUUGGAUGAUCCCAGAUGGCCAAAAUCUCCCCCGACUUAGCUUGGAGCACGUAGGCAUCGGAGCGGGUCGUAAAUCGUUGGGCAAAGGUUUGCCGCUUGGCUUUAGCUCCGGGCUCGAUAAGAGCGAUCAAGGCAAGGACAUGUUCACGUUUACAGCCUAGUCCGAGGGCUCCGAAGAAUCCGGCAUGGUUGAAACAAAUUACCCUGCUUGAUUUGGAAGAUUUCCAUUCGACGAGUUCGCGAAAAUACUGGCCGGACUGCACGGCAAUAAAAAUACUUGUAGGAAUACACUACAAUA